UUAAAACUUUUUGUCAUUGACAAAUGACAAGAUAAACCUACAAUUAUUAUUCUUCAAAACGUUACAGUCCUCACUCCACCCCCAAAAGAAAGACCGGCCAUUUCACAGAGAAUCUCUGCACAGAAGCAGAGUGCGAGUGAGUGAGUGAGAGAGAGAAGAUCAAAACGUUUCCAUCUCUCUCUAGAAAACCUCGCCGGAGCUCUUUCACCGAGAACACCUCCCAUGGCGAUCCCGGCGGCCAUCCUCAAGUACAGGCUCCACAUCCUCGUCGCGGUCAUCCUCUCCCUCUCGCUCCUCGGCCUCGUCCUCCUGGCCCCCAGAUUCGUCACCCUCCUCGCCUACUUCUGGCCCCUCUUCCUCUCCACCGCCCUCUUCCUCGUCGCCGUCGUCUUCUUCGGCAAGACCUCGCCCCCGACUCCCGACAAGGCCGGCGAGGGCCUCCUCGACUACGUCGCCGGGGAUCCCGACCCCGUAGUCGCCGAACCAAUAGUACACAACCUCAAGCCCGACGACCUGGGCCAACACCAACAAGACGAAGCCGCCGCCGUCCCCGCCGAGGAUAAUUAUUAGGUGUUCCCGAAUAUCCAAAUCGGUAUCCAAGUAAUUGACAAUUUUUUUUCCGAGGAAUCCGAGGUUAGAAGUGAACUUGUGUACUCUGUAACCAUGUCUCUCUCUCUCUUUUUUUUUUUUUUGCUGUUUCUUUAAUUUUGUAGCUGACAGAAAUUGAAAUGUAAUAAAAGUGGGCAAGGAAUAAAAAUCAUUUGAUGGCAUGCUUAGGUCAUCUCAUGGUCAAGAUCCGUCCCUUUUUCUUUU